AUGUCUAAUCUUACGUCAUCUAUUCAAUUGACCAAAAAGUCAACUUACAAAUUAAAUAACGGUCGUUAUAUACCAGUUGCCGGCUAUGGUACAUAUUUAGUUGAUUAUAACAAGGCAAGCGAUUUGGUUUAUCAAGCAUUGAAGGAUGGGUACAGGCACGUUGAUAGUGCAAUUGCUUACAAAAAUCAAGGAAAAUGUGCAGAAGGUAUUGCUAGAUUUUUAAGAGAUUAUCCAGAUGUCAAGAGGGAGGAUAUUUGGUUUACUACCAAGAUUGACAAUAACAAUCAAGGCUAUGAAGAGACUAAAAAGGCAGUCGAGUUGAUUAGCAAUGAGGUAAAGCAACACAUUGGGUAUGUUGACUUGAUAUUGAUACACUCGCCUAAAACUAGCAAGGAGAAAAGAUUGGGGACAUACAAGGCAUUACAAGAGUACGUUUUGGACCCAAAUAAUGAAACUUUGAUUGUUCAUUCAAUUGGUGUUUCAAACUACGGAGUAGACCAUUUGGAAGAGUUGUUCAAAUGGGAAGGCUUGUUGAUAAACCCGACAAUCAAUCAGUUGGAGUUGCAUCCAUGGUUGCCAAGAUUGGCAUUGAGGAAGUAUUUGUAUGAGCAUGACAUUUUGGUGGAAGCUUAUUCGCCGCUCACUCAAGGAAUCAAGUUUAAAGACCCAUUCCUUCUCGAUCUUGCUAAGAAAUAUAGCAUUUCCCCAGCGGAGUUGCUUUUAAAAUGGUCGUACCUUCAAGGAUUCAUUGUUUUGGUCAAAUCGGAAAACCCAAAGAGAAUAAAAGAAAACUUGGACGUUUUACCUGAUCCAGUUGAAGGUGGUGAUCAGUUGGACGAGACUACUCGCUUGGGUAAAGUUGAUUUAGAUGUUGAUUUAAUUGAAGCUUUGAAUAAACCCGAUUCAAAGGAAGUUUUGACCUGGGAAGGAGUUGAUCCAACUUUGUAUAAAGAUGAAUAG